AUGGAGAGUGGAUUGAAGGGUGAGGUUGAGAUAUCACCAAAUUGUCCAAGGUGUGGUUCUUCCAACACCAAGUUCUGCUACUACAAUAACUACAGCUUAACUCAACCGAGGUACUUUUGCAAAGGUUGCAGAAGAUACUGGACCAAAGGAGGGUCUCUGCGAAAUGUUCCUGUUGGUGGUGGCUGUAGGAAGAACAUAAGAGGUAACAAGAAUUUGUUAAGACAAUCCAUUGAUGGUUUCACUUUCAAAACUUCAUCAUCACCUUCUGCCAAUGCCACAGAUCAUAAUAACAACAACCAUGUUGAGCAUUCUUAUGAUCCCAGAAUAAGAACUUCUGCAAUUUCUGGUUCCUUAGUGGUCAAUGAUGGUCCAAUUGAUCUUGCACUAGUUUAUGCAAAUUUCCUCAACCAAAAACCCAGUUCUGAAUCUAGGAUUGAGAGCAGUAACUUAGAUCAAAUUCCAACAGCUUUUAAUCCUUCUCUUGAGAAUAAUUCAAGGCUAUCAAACACAGAUGUUAUUGGGUAUUUUAAUCUUCCAGAACAAACAUCCACACCAGGACUUUACAUUGAAUUCAUUUACUGCCACUACUCUUUCUCUGAUCUAAACCAAUAG